UUUUAUAAUAGUUGACCUCUACAAUCUGACUUCCAUGCAAUUAUAAAGACCAUCACAUUUCUCAAAACUGUGCAUUUUCCAAUUUUCUCAUUCGUUAAGAAAUUACUUGACUUUCAGUCUUCCAUUUAAUUUGAAAAAUGGGGAGAUAUCCAUGCUGCAAAUUAGACAAUGAUUUGAAGAAGGGGCCGUGGACAGCUGAAGAAGAUGAAAAACUAAUGGAAUAUAUUCAAGAAAAUGGUCAUGGAAACUGGCAAUUGGUUCCCAAAAGAGCAGGCUUAAACAGGUGUGGGAAGAGUUGUAGACUAAGGUGGACUAAUUAUCUAAGGCCUGAUAUUAAAAGAGGAGGUUUCUCAGAGGAGGAACAACAGAUGAUCAUCAACUUUCAUUCUGUCCUUGGAAACAAAUGGUCAAGAAUUGCAUCUCAUCUUCCGGGAAGGACUGAUAAUGAAAUCAAGAAUUUUUGGAAUACACAACUGAAGAAAAAGCUUCUCAAAUCUGGAAUUGAUCCAGUAACACAUCAACCAAUAACUGAUCCCACUCUGCUUCUUAGUCUUUCUAAUUUGAUAAAUCCUUUAAAAUCUGCUCUUAGGUUACAAGCAGAACUGACUGAAAUGGCCAAAAUCCAUCUCAUUCAAAACAUAAUUCAAGUCCUAAACGCUCCUCCAUUUCCAGCAUUACAAGAAAACUUACCGAUGCAACAAUUAUACAACAAUGUUUCACCAUAUGACAUUCUUACUAAUGUGACAAGUAACAUAGAUGAGCCUUCUCCAAAUUCGAAUUCCUUGGACGGAUUUGGUAAAGUGUUCAAUGUUGAUUCAGAUUAUUCACAUCCGUCAUUAGUCCCAGCUACACAUGAGAAAUCACCGUUUGACCAGAAUAUUGAUUUUCCCAAUUAUGGUUUCUCAGAUAGCCUCUGGUUUCACAAUUUCGAGACAAAGCUUCGCAUUUGCGACCACUGUUGGGUUCGCAUUUGCGACCUACUAAUCGCAUUUGAAAGAGUAGCUGUGGAGGCCAAUGUUCGCAAUUGCGAACAAUCCUUCGCAUUUGCGGAGGGAGUCUGGGAAUGGGAGGGAUCGUAUUUGCGAUCAUUUGGUCGCAAUUGCGGCAGCUCUUGUUGUAAAGCCUCUGGUCUCGCAAUUGUGAGACAAAGCUUUGCAUUUGCGACCUACUCAUCGCAUUUGCGAAGAGUAGCUGCGGAGGCCAAUGUUCGCAAUUGCGAACAAUCCUUCGCAUUUGCAAAGGGAGUCUGGGAAUGGCAGGGAUCGCAAUUGCAAUCAUUUGGUCGCCAUUGCGGCAGGUCGGGCUCGCAUUUGCGAGACUUUCUUCGCAAUUGCGAUGGAAGUAGGAAUUGGGAGACUUUCGCAAUUGCGAUAGGUUCUUCGCACUUGCGAGCUUCACAAUUGCGAAGCUCAGGUCGCAAAUGCGACACAUGCAACUCAUCAAAAUGA